AUGCUGUGGCUGCUGUUCCUGAGCCUCCCAGGCCUGGGGGGCUCCGUGCCCUCGUUCCCAGGUCCCGGCUCAGGGAGGCAGCAGGGUGGCCCCGUUGGGGCGCACAAUGCCCCCGCUGGGCGAUGGCCUUGGCAGGUCAGCGUCCGAAGGUACAAUAAGGAGCUGGAGCUGUGGCAGCACCUCUGUGGGGGCUCCCUCAUCCACCACCAGUGGGUGCUGACCGCAGCCCACUGCACCCAGCGGGAGGACUGGGAGGCCUAUGGCCUCAGGGUUCAAGUUGGGCAGCUGAGACUCUAUGACCAUGACACACUGACAAAUGUGACUCAGAUCGUCCGCCACCCCAAGUUCAACCAGAGCCUGUCUGCAGAGGGGGGCGCGGACGUGGCCCUGCUGAAACUGGAGGCCCCUGUGACGCUCUCUGAGCGCAUCGGCCUGGUCCCCCUCCCACCUGCCUCGCUGAGGGUCCCUGAGAGGAAGAUGUGCUGGGUGACCGGCUGGGGUUACAGCAGCCUCGGAGCUCCGUGGCUCUGGCCCUACCAGCUGCAGGAGGUGAUGGUUCCCAUGGUGGGGAACGAGGUCUGUAACCAGCGCUACCAGAACUCUUCCACCAACACUGGCCAGAUCAUUAAGGAUGACAUGCUGUGCGCUGGGAGUGAGGGCCAGGACUCCUGCCAGGGUGACUCCGGGGGACCCCUGGUGUGCAGCUGGGAAGGCACCUGGGUCCAGGUAGGGAUCGUGAGCUGGGGAUACAGCUGUGGACAUCGCGACUUCCCUGGGGUGUAUGCCCGGGUGAUGAGCUACAUUUCUUGGAUCCGGAAGUAUGUCCCUCCACCCCCUGGUUUCUAG